AUGGCCGUCGAGCAGCACAUGCUGCGAACGCACACCGCCGAUCACGGAGCCAAGCCCGCGGGACCGGAUAGCCGCCCGAUCAUCGCUCCAGCCGCUUCUCUCUCUGACUCCGCCACUGCCAGCGCAUCGACCACGGCCAACGCGUCCACCUCAGACGCGGUCCCACCUCCCGCGGUACCCUUCCCCGAACACCCAUACGCAGCCGCACGCGACGCCGCUUACGCGCCACCUAAAGACCGCAACGUGGGUGCAGCCCCAAAAGCUCAGCCACGCGCUUAUGCGCCAAUCCACGACGCGCACAAUACGAACGACCUGUACCAAGCCGUGCUCAACACGCCGGUAACCCUCCCGGCACGCACUAUCCUCGCCAAUCCGGAAGUCUCGGCACUUGCACGCGCAAAUCUGACCCCGCGGCGAAUCACCGAGAAGAAGGCCGCCGAACAGCUCUAUCAAGCCGAACACCCUCUCGCUGGCUUCAAUGACUGGGCCUCCGACCCUGCUGACGAACGCGAGACCGCCCGCGCCGCCGCUAUCGCCUACGCGCUCCCGAAUACGGCCACGCCAGCCUCCGCCGAAUCUCGCGGCAAGCUCGUCAGCAGAGACGAAUACGUCCUGCUCUACGAUGUUGGCCAGCUCCCCGAAGACUUGGUCGUCUCGGCCAAAACCACAGCUAUCCGCUGUGUACUUCCCGUCGUCGACAACCAUGAGGCUAUCGAAAGCAUUGUCGACCCCGGCUCUCAGAUCAUCGCAAUGUCUGAGGAGGUCUGCCACCGUUUAGGCCUCCAAUACGACCCCAACAUCGUCCUCCAGAUGCAGUCCGCCAACGGCGCUGUCACCCCGUCCCUCGGCGUCGCCCGCAACGUCCCUUUCCGCUUCAAGGACAUCGUCCUUUACCUCCAGGUCCACAUAGUGCGCAAUCCGGCCUACGACAUCUUGUUGGGCCGCCCGUUCGACACCUUGACUCGCUCGGUGAUCCACAACUAUGCAAACGACAACCAAACAAUCACUAUUCACUGUCCUAACACCGACCGCGCUGCCACCAUCCCAACGCUUCCGCGCGGCUCCGCCCGCGCUGCCAAACUGGAUUUUAUCCAGGACAAGAUGAUCCGCUGGAAGCGCUAG